AUGAUCUCCGUCUCGCUCAUGGCGCAUCGCAUGCUCUCAACUCGGGCGAUGUCAUUUCUCUCGUCGCUCCGCAAGUUGCCACAAAUGACUCGCCCUCAGCUUGUCCUGCUGCUGUUUGGAGGCGGCGGCGGCGGCGGCGGCGGCGGAGGGAACGCCGUCGCAGAUGCCACACCAUACGCCGAGCUGCUCACCUGCUCCAUCUGCCAAGAGAUUAUGCACAAGGCCAUGGCGUUGGUCCCGUGCAUGCAUAACUUUUGCGCCGGCUGCUACGCCCAGUGGGCAAAGAACUCGCACGAGUGCCCCAUGUGCCGGGCCACCGUCUCGGACGCCGCCGACAACCACACUAUCCGCAACCUUGUCGAGGCCUUUCUCAAGGACCACCCCGACCAGGCGCGCAACGCCGAUGAGCUGGCCGCGCUAGACCGAGCCGCAAAGAGUCUCGUCUCGCGUCGCUCGCCGCCGACCUCGCCGUACCGCUCGCGGACAGCGGCAGCCGCUGCGCUCCAUCUCCACCACGGCCACGACGAGUACGACGAGUACGACGAGUACGAAGGCGAGGCGUUGCCUGGAAGCAGCGCACAUCCUUCGGGCCACGCAUGGGGUGGACUCACGUUUGCCUUUGGCGCACCGCCGGUGCCGGCGGCGGCCGGCGUCACCAGCUCGACCGCGUCGUCGGCCGCGCCACCUCGGGUCUCCAACACUCAGUGCCGCGAGUGCCGCGCUCCAGGAUCGAGUGGUCAUCAGUGCAGUGGAUCUGAUCCGACGCACCUCACGUGCUCGGUCUGCCUCGAGCUCCUCCCGAAGCGCACCGACGAGGCUGGGUACGACGGCCCGGCCAUCCAGUGUGCGCUCUGCCUCACCCCGUUCUGCGAUCUCUACUGGGGCUGCCGUUCACUGCUUGGCCAGGGUGCGCUGCGCGCACUCGGCUCAUGGGAAUUUCCGCGGCUCCCGGCCCACGUUCUCUGGGACAACCUCGUCGAGAUCAAGUUUCUCAACGAGUACAUGGCGUCUGCCAGCCUCUCAGUCGAUGGGCUGUGGCAGGCGGUGCUCGGCGGGCUCUCCGCCGGCAGCUACACAUACUCGCCAGACGGAGCUGGACCUGCGGUCGGCAUCACCGAGGCCACCGCCACAUGCCACGGAUGCGCCUCAAACGUGUUCCGCGACCUCAUUCCGGACUACCUCAUGUCGCUGCCGCGCAGCGCGCUGCCGGCCAACGCUACCUCACGGCCAAACUGCCACUGGGGCUCGGCGUGCCGAACCCAGAGCAGGUCGGUCGGCCAUGCCAAGCGGUACAACCACGUGUGUGAACAGACUAAGUUUGCUUGAGCCGCCUUUCAGUGGCAUCUACAGCGGCUGGACCGCGAUGAGCGAGAGCUCGCGAACAAUCACGGUAAAGUCGGGCCGGUCGUCGGCCGACGCA